UUCCGGCCCCAGGAUGCAGAAUGUGAUAAACACAGUGAAGGGCAAGGCACUGGAAGUGGCUGAGUACCUGACCCCGAUCCUCAAGGAAUCAAAGUUUAAGGAAACAGGUGUUAUCACCCCAGAAGAGUUUGUGGCAGCUGGAGAUCACUUAGUUCACCACUGUCCGACAUGGCAAUGGGCUACAGGGGAAGAAUUGAAAGUGAAAGCAUACCUUCCAACAGGCAAACAAUUUUUGGUCACCAAAAAUGUACCAUGCUACAAGCGUUGCAAGCAGAUGGAAUAUUCAGAUGAGUUGGAAGCUAUCAUUGAAGAAGAUGAUGGUGAUGGAGGAUGGGUAGAUACUUAUCAUAACACCGGUGUUACGGGAAUAACUGAAGCAGCUAAGGAGAUCACACUGGAAAGCAAGGACAGUAUAAAACUUCAAGAUCAUUCAGCAUUAUGUGAGGAGGAGGAAGAGGAAGAGGAAGGAGAAGCUGCAGAUAUGGAAGAAUAUGAAGAGAGUGGAUUGUUGGAAACAGAUGAGGCUACCCUAGACACAAGGAAAAUGGUGGAAGCCUGUAAAACUAAAACUGAUGCUGGAGGUGAAGACGUUAUUCUGCAAACCAGAACUUACGACCUUUACAUCACCUACGAUAAAUAUUACCAGACGCCACGGCUAUGGUUGUUUGGCUAUGACGAGCAACGGCAGCCUUUAACAGUUGAGCACAUGUAUGAAGAUAUCAGUCAAGAUCAUGUGAAGAAAACAGUGACCAUUGAAAAUCACCCUCAUCUCCCACCACCUCCUAUGUGUUCAGUUCACCCAUGCAGGCAUGCUGAGGUGAUGAAGAAAAUCAUUGAGACUGUUGCAGAAGGAGGGGGAGAACUUGGUGUUCAUAUGUAUCUUCUGAUUUUCUUGAAAUUUGUACAAGCUGUCAUUCCAACAAUAGAGUAUGACUACACAAGACACUUCACAAUGUAAUGAAGAGCGCAAUCUAUCCUAAUUACUGGUUCUGAUUUGUAAAGAAUUAAUCCAUAGACGUGACCAUUGACCAUAUUCACCAAUAUGUACAAUUUCUCUAAUAAAGGGGCUUAUAUGUUUAUGCAUUAAAUAAAAAAAGUUCCACUACCAGCCUUAUUUGUUUAAUAAAAAUGAGUAUAAACAGA